AUGGCGAGGGGGCGGUUAGUAAACAUGAGUGCAUUAGCCAGUCUUUGGCUUUGUGCAUUGCUUUUGUUGCAGAUGCAGUACGGCGACACGGUGCCUACUCAUCAUUUGACGGUUAGCGUGGAGGGCAAUACACCCACACUGAUUGUAACAUCGGCGGAAAUUGGCAUAACGCCAAAAAUUGUGCACGCGAGCACGGCCACAACAAUAGCUCCGAGCGCUGCAGUUCCAGCAGUCGAAGGCGCCUCAAAGGCAUCGAGUGAAGGGAACAUUGAGGAGUUUGGCAGCAAAGGUAACGUACCGAAACUAAAAGGUAAAUCAUAUAAAUUGCAACAUGGAAAGAAGUGGCAAUAUGCGGUAAAAGGAAGAGAGAAGAGUAAGGAAAAAGUCUCAAAGACACAAGACGUGUUAGGUGAUGCAACGUUAGUGGCAAAGACAACUACCACUGCAAAUCUGGUAACUCGGAGCGUAGAAGCUACCACCACUAGCGCCGUUCCACCUAUGCAAACUGCUAAAACUAUAAAGUUGGCAACAAACACGAGCUUACAACACUUUGGGGAGAGCUUGGCAGUCGCACCUUCCGCCAAAGAAAAUAUUACAAAUUCGAGCGUCGGCUCAUUGGCCCCGGAAAGCGUUAAAGUCACCCGUAAGUCAUCACAACUUGGCAGCGAGGGUAUCACACACAACAAGGCAAGCACAGCCGGGGCCGUUGUGUCUGCAGCAGCUGGCAACAUGCCACAAUCAACCGAGACUGCAACAGAAGUCACCUUGGCACCUACAGCAACGGCAUCCAGCACGAGCAGCUCCAAUGAAGCAGCGGAAAGCGCAAUUGAGGAGGAUGGGGGCGGCAUAGCUUUGGACGUUGCGGAGGCAACAAACUUUCAUGGCGUUGAGCUGGAUACAGUAACAUCGUCAGGAAAUGUAGAAAAAGUGACUGCAACGUCAACAUUCAUCGAGUCGCACGACACCACGGCAGGGGCCACGGCAAAGACAACAUCAACGGCGGCACCAACAGACGCAGCGGUAAUGGAAAUUGCAAAAAAGGCAAUCUCAGCGACAACAGAAAAUGCGCCAUUGAUUGCAAUCCAAAUUGAAACGCUGCCAAAAGUUACAACAAAACCGGUAACAACAAAACCUCCACAAGAGACAACAACACCUUUCGAAACAGUUACUAGCAGUGGCAUUAUCGAGCAUCAGCCAGCAAAAACAAGUAAAAUAACAACCACCGAAUGCACAAAAACUGUUCGAGUUGAUGGUGCCAGUCGAAGUGGCCCGACAGUAACAACAGCUUUCAACGACAGUUCCACUCUCCUGAGUACAGUAAUUGAAAGGAGCUCUACAAACAUUGGCGAUAAUCUUUCACAAUCGUCCGUGCCACCUACAGGCGAGGCAGCCAUAGCCGCCAAACAACCGGCCAUAAACGUUAGCAGAGCAACAACUAGCACAGAAACAGCGCAAAAAGCAACUACUUCAAUUUCAGUGGCAACAAAAAUACCUGCGAACCCUUCUGAAACGACAACAAAAAGUGCGCUAACAAAGCAAGCCACCCAAGGGGUGACGAACACGGAUAGUGGCAUCAUUUUUAUUGACGAUGUGCCUGAUAACCGCGAAGGCAAGAAAGCCGAAUCGGAGACCGAUGCGGAGGUGGCGGUACAGUUACAACGCGAUGAAGCCGUUAUUGGCAGACAUGAAGGCAGUAAGGCCGUCAAGCGAGACAAAGACGAUACCAGUGGGAGUGAGGGCAUCAUAAAACUCAUUGACUUGGAAAAACAUGAUUUAAAAUCGAUUCCGAAGGCAAUGAAACUUCGCAACGGCAGCAAUAACACCAGCGUCGACGACGACGAUGGCCAUGAUGGUGUCAAAAAGACACGAAAAAAACAGCUCACCGAUAAGCAUUACUUGCUGGUUCCUGACAUAAAUGUGAGCGCGGAAUUACAUGCCGAAAAUAAUACCACCGCCGGCGCAAGAACAACAAAUCUUGUUGACACCGCAGAAAUGUUUAAAAAUGAAAACAGCAGACGAAGCGACGUACUGCCGCAAACCACACCCCCCGUAGAAGCACUGACCAUGGUUGAGCACAGUAUUGUCACCAGCAGUACAGAAGUGCCACCAACGCCACGUUACCUAAAAAAUGCCGAAAAUUUCGCUAAAGCAACGCCCACCCUGAAGCCAGUGCAUAAUGGCUACUUGGGCCCAAUACUAAUGGAGGAGAAACGUUUCAGUGUUGUGCAUGCAAGUAAGCAAUCACAACAGCAUCACGAGUCCGCCAUAGAAUCCCAGCUGCGCGAUGGCCGCAUUGUAGAAAUCUUAGCCCCGACUGCAUUGAUGGAGCAAAACAACGCCGCGGUCCCGAAAGCAUUCGAUGUAGUAGCAAACAAAAUUCCGACGACCACAACAACUUCAGCGCCAGCGCCAGUUUCGGCCGCCUUUGUACAAAUGGCUGCAGAGCCGAGCACGCCCAUGCUUUCAACGACCGUCUUUCAGGUUCCGGAAUCGAUGAUGAGUACUACGCGCCUACCGUUGAACACUAAGCCUGCGGGUGGUGGUGAAGAAAAAUCGACAAUGCAUUACAAACCAUCUCAACAUAAACAAAAUCAGCAACAACAAACAUUUUUUAGUCCACCAAAAGGUGUAAGCAAUGUACGCACCGAGUCGAAAAUAUCUGACAUUCAAGUCGAGGUGUACGACUCUACUGUGGACUCUAUAGUAGCAUCGACGAACUUUAAGGAUAGUGACGGCUUUUAUGCUUUGCCGCUGGAAGCUGAGCUGGAUACGCAAGUGGGCACUACCAAGCCACCAGCCGCACCACAGGAACGUUUCACACAAUAUGUUGUGGACAGAGCCGAUUACGCCACACAGGAGUCGAGCGUAGCCCCACAUCUAAGCGUGGCCUCCGGCAAGCCGGAACCAGCCGCUAUUGAAAUACAUAUCAACGUCUCCGAGGGCAUUGGCAAUGAGAGUGAAGAUCUGGAGUUUUCGUACCGGCAGCCAGAUUACACGGGCAGCAGUUUCAGAACGAAUCACAUGGAUGAGCUGUUGGCCAAAACCGCAAAAGCAAUUUCAAUGAAACCACUUGCACCGAGCACCAGUGAGUCCAGCACUCGAGAAAAUGUCGAGCGAGGAGAUGAGAUUUUAGUGGUGGAGAUAAUCGAUACGGGCGAAAACAGCACUGAGAGUUUAAUGAGUGCAGAGAACCCCAACCCGAUAUUCACUUUUCGUUCCGAUCCUGAGUCGGAUGUUGAGUUGAAAGACAUCAAAUAUUUUCCACCCGAGGUUAAGGUUAAACCUCCCCAAAUGUCCGACGAGCUCUUCCUGGCUGACUUGAAAAAGGAGAAUGCGUUGCCAAAGCCACCAUUGCCUCCGCCUCCUCCACCACGUAAGCCGACAAUAGAUCGGGACUCAGACACAAUUUUCUACAUUUCCAAUACUGAAGUGAAAGUGGGCGAGUCUCUUCCUACCACAAACACGAAUUAUGAACAGCAGCAAAUACGAAAAACUAGAUUAGAGAAUCAGUUCUUUCCGGCAAAUUAUUUAGCCAGCACACAUCCGAAUGCAGCCAGAUUGGACGAACAGCUGUCACCGCAGCAACAUCGCUACGAAGAAGACAUCAUUCUUUCGCCACUAAGCAACACCGCCGAUUCACUGAAGAUAUUUCGGAGCCAAGGUGACGGGGCACCCCCAUUGGAUGUUACCUAUGUUGGCGAAUCUGUAAUGGAAGUAGAGCAGUUGUCAGGUACAGGCGCCACCACCACAAUUCCUUCAACGUCCUCACUGCUGCCAGACGUCAUCAUACAGCCUGCCAUUUUGCCAGAAAUGUCGAUUGGUGUGCCCGUUAUAGGUGAACUACCGCCGCAAAUUGAACUCAAGGAAAUCGAUUUCAUGCCCGACGAAGCAAACCAGCAGCACUCAGGCAUGUACGAGAACAACAUGCUGGAUGAAAAUGGCAAUGACGUCGACAGACUCGUUGAGUCUUCCAUGCAGUAUGGCGGCGAUCUGAUAGACGAGAGCGUCGGCGGUGGUGGCUUUGAUGGAGUCGAGGGCUCUUACCCGUUCGGCAAUCCAACGGCAUUGCACAACAAGGCGCACCACGUAGUCGAUUAUGCACACUUCACAGUGAACCAUGGCGUAAAUAAUCUGCGAAAGGAUGAACUGAGCGUUGAUGUGGCGGGCUCCGGUGAGAUGAUGGCUGGCCAACCAGCCGCAGCAAUGCCAAGUAGUCUGGAGGAAGAGCUUUUAACUCGCAGUGGCAACGAGACCUUACCAUUGUCCAUGAUUGCGAAUGGCAGUUACGCUGGAACGUCUACGGAGCAUAUGAGCAACGCCACGGCCUACUCGGUGAGGGAGGAUCCAACUGCAAUCGAAUUGGUAUUUAAAAAUAAUUAUGCGUUGAUAAUUGGAAUCUCCAUUAUGCUGCUGCCGCUUGUGGUGACUAUCUCCAUGAAAUGGUGCCUCUGUAUAAGUAUCUAUGGUUCACCGAAUAGUCCAGAAGCCAAUCAAACGAAUGGAAAUGUUGCAAAUGGCAAGAAAGGCGGAGACGGUGGCAACUCACAGGAAGAGUCCAACAUCGACACAGCGACUUCCAUUCCAAAACAACAAUUACCGUCCUCUACCGAAAACCCCUCUAAUGGAGACUGCUUUAAAGCGAUGCAGAAUGAAAUUACGCACUCGAAUUUUGACGAGUGCCAUAACAUUAAACCGUCCAGUAUGAAUGCAAACAACAUUUUAUGUAAUGGUGCCAGUGGCGUCAGUGAUGUCACAUGCGUCAGUGUCGAUGAGAAGACGAAUGAAGUAUUGCUUUUGCUGGCUGAGGAGCCAGUUGCAACACCUUCUUCACACUCUGUACCAUCGACACUAAGUUCAGGCGACAACAUUAAAUCGAAAACUCAAGCCAAUCUAUCCAACAACUCCGUCCAAGGCAACUUUGCACGUCCAAAUGGUUCUGUCACGAAGAUGACUUUGAAAAACAAUCACUUGAUCGUUGAGACUGAAGAGCGACACGAUAUUUCACGAGUCGCUCGCGAAACUACAAUGCAUUACAAUACGUCCGAGAAAGAUGGCGUAUUCGUCGUGGAGGUUGCUCGCGGGGUCGACUCCAAAAGCAUUCCAGGCAGCCCAACUACCGAGGAUCCCCGUCCUAUCUAUGAAACACUACCGGCAGCUGCGGCCGCAACUUCUUUGAGGUCAGAGGAUGAGAAGGUUUUGCGAAAUCUCGAGGAGAUACAAAUCCACCAACCACCACCGGAAUCUAUACAACAGCAGCCACCCAACUGCAUUGAAGAAAUACCCGAACGUAGCCUACACCAAAUCGUGGAACUGGAAGAACCCUCUGUUUCGCCUCACUCUUUUAGAGCCGAAGCAGCCGGUGCACGCGCACAAGAGAAAUUCAGUCUCGUACGCAAUUCUAAUACCGGUCUGUCGCAGUCCGAUUUGAGUUCCACAUCUUCAACUAACUCGAACAAACGAUACUCCUAUGGCAACCAAGAGCUGUACACCAUAGAGUCGGUCACGUGCGCAUCGGCAUUGCCAACUACAAACAUGCCGCUUACACAUUCCGCCGCCCAUAAUGUGACCGAGGAUGACGACCGCAGGUCAGAGAAUGGGCAUUGUCUCGAACAUUCGCCGGCUUCCCAGGGAAAUGCCGCAACUACCAUGGCCAAGGACAGCGUCAAUUGCAAUGAGCUGUCUAAUGACGAGCAAACCACUGAGCAGAUAGUACAGAAGAGUGAUAUGAAAACGUCCCAUGCAAGUGAGAUGGAUGCUGAGGCAGGUAAUAUUGUCGCGGAGACUUUAAUUGCUGCUGAGCGUAUGUCACCAACACAAAGAUCUGCGCUGGGAACAGAAGUAGAGGUUAAUGAAGUAGUCGAAGGGGUAGCAGAAGCUGAAGCUGAAGUCAAGAUGGAAGAAGAAAAAGUAGAAUCAAAAGAGCAAGCAGUAGACAUACACACUGAAGAAGAGGUAGAAAUAGAAAGUGGUAUGUCAAAUCAGGUGGUAAGUGAGGAGUGCAUAAACAACAACAAUUUAUCAGAAUAUGUGAAUGAAGAGCCAGAAUUGUCAGUCUCUAAUGACAUUAGCAUUGACCACAAUGGAGAGUAUGCGCUUGAAAAGGCAGAGUUACCAGCCCCCAAUGAAGCUAGCAACAGCACAAUUCUUCCCAUUUCUGAAGAUACCAUAAAAAAUGCAGAGUUACCAGCUCCCAAUGAAACAGACCACAGCACAAUUCUUCCCAUUUCUGAAGAUACCAUAAAAAAGGCAGAGUUACCAUCUCCCUAUGAAACAGACCACAGCACAAUUCUUCCCAUUUCUGAAUGUACCAUAAAGGAGGAAAGCUGUGAGGAUGAAGAUGAUGAUGGAAAAAGUGACAAUGAAGAACUCAUGAAUGGAGGCGAUGAAGCUCAUCAUGCAUUUCCACAGCCAGUAGUUUGCAAUUAUGGCUACGAUAGCAUCAUUAGCUUGCCUGAUCCACCAUCCACCGAAGAAAUAAAACAAUUGGGAGACUUUGUCGGUAUUGAGAGUAACCAAUUAGACUCGCUGCCACCACCUUCGCCUCCCCCGCCACCGAUUGCCACUGACUUAAAUGACAACAACACGGCUACCACAAAGAACGCGACAACCACCAGCAACACAUCUACCACCGAAGAAGAGUCCACAACAGCACAGUUGAAAUUGAAACAGAUCUUAAGCCACAAUCCCGUAGAUUUAUCAGCAACUGAGCAUUGCCAAGUACUACUCACCAAUGGAAAAGGCCACGACACCACCAAUGGAAAUAUCAUAGAGAAUGGUGCCGAUGGUAUCGAUGUAAAUGGUCACGAAACGAUUAAUGGGCAUGAAGACGAGAUGCUAGCAACUUCUUUUGAGCGCGACCCAACUGCGGCUCCCAACACCGAAGACAGCGCGGGUACUAGAAAGGUGUCACAAACUCCACUCACACCACCGGAAUCGCCACCACUUUCCUCACCCGUACACUACACCAAUGGCGUUAGUGCUAUUAACGGCAUAAAUAGUGUGAACGGGGGUAUUUGCGGUGGUCCACUACCCCUUGUCGUGGACGUCAAUGGUAGUUAAUACGUAUGUUGAGCACCAACUACUCUCUACAGGCCAUGAGCUAAGUUACUCUACAGUUCGCCCAUUACAAGUGAUGUACUCGUAGUUGUGGCAACAAUUGGCUUAUGGAACUUCAAAGGAUGCGUGGAACACAUAACGGUUAUGUCGAAUUUCUCGAGCAAUGCAACGAACGAACCAAUUGAGCCAUUCACGCCAAUGCGCAGUGGCGGCGGGAAGCUGUUGGAGGGAAGUAUGCAAUAAAAUGAUUUAGAAUAUUUAGCAAGUAAAAACGCGUAUUUGUAUGUUAGCCUGUAAGUUUUUACGAUACUUAGUCAAAAAGCCAGUGGUCUCUUUUAUAAACGAUAACAAACCGAAAAAUGCUAAGUAUGAACUCUCCACAAGAAAAGCAAGUCCGAAAAUGGCGAUGAAUUAAACGAUGGGUAAAAGUGGGGUAUAGAAAAUUAAAAAACACAAAAUUUAAGAUACAAGAAAAUAAGGAGCGCAUAUUUCCACAAUAAGGACACAAAGUAGGCAGAAAGAGAAUGAAAUAAUGGAAUGGAGAGUAGAUGAAGAGGCAUAGAAAUAAAGGAAUCAAACGUUUUGAUAUCCAAGUGGGUAUUAGUCAUCGUAUAAAGUUUACACUGACAUCAUUAAAACUGACUAUUGAAUUCAUAGAGACUAGUGACUUUAUAGUGAAUGAUCCGGAAAAUUGGUUAAAUAUUUAUUUGUCAUAAGAAAAAAUGGAAGAAAGUUUCAUCGUGAAUGAUGUCAAUCAAGUAAUUGCGAAUCUAGUCAAAAUUGCAUAGAGCCGGUAAAUUAAUGAAUUUUAGUUUUGUGGGAAAAACUUGUUCAACAGCACUAGGCGUAAGCCGGUCCUAAGAAGCAGAAAAUAUCCCAAUGGGUGGUUUUAGGAAGUAACUGUUUAAAGCAGGUAUCUGAGAGAAGUGAAAAAUGGUUCUUACUAAAAAAAUGGGAAAGUACUAAAUGCAAGAAUGCAAAUUUCCACUUCCAAAAAAAGCAUGAAAUAAUAAAUGGAUGUGCUUUUCACCAUAAGAAAAUACAGCACUUCGAUUUCUUGACGGAAGUUCGUUAGCAGACAUUCGCAAGUCGGCAAAGCGCGCCAAAAAGUAUCUGGAAAAGGUGUUAAACUGAUUACCACUCUGUUUUUGAAAACUCCAACGUUGAGCCUGCGUAAAAGUGCC